AUGAUGGCUCGGCUCCAUCAAAUCUCGCGCUUCGGUGGGCUUCUGCCGCGCCACUCGGCGGGCUUCUCGACGGCGCCGUACGGCUCGAUCCAAGCAACCUACAAUCUCAAGAAUGGCCACCCGCUGCACUACACGACCCACGGCCCCGAGAACGCGGCGGCGACGUUCGUCCUCCUGCAUGGCGCGCCAGGCUCGCACAUGGACUUCAAGCACCUCGCGCCCUUGCUCGUGCGAGACAACGUCAACGUCCUAGCAUUUGACUUGCCCGGGAACGGUCAAACUCCGGCAGCCGCGGCCGGCGGUAUGGCGUCGCUGACGGCAGGGGCGCUUGCCGACGUCGUCGUUGAAGCCAUCGACGGCCUCCCGCUGCAGCGGGCGUUCGUGCUCGGCCAUUCGUGCGGUGGCCACACGGCGAUCGAGGUCGCUGACCGCAUCCAGAAGGUUGCCGGCAUCGCGCUCCUCAACUCAAUGGGACUGCGGCCGCACCAAGCGAUUCGGCCGUUCGCGCCGAUCCGGUUUGGCGCGCAGAAGCUGCGGACACCGGGCUUCCAGCGCGAUGUUUGCGUCGCCAUCAACCACUGGGUGUACAUGAACAUCUUCAAGUUUCCAAAGCGCACGCCGGUCGACGACAUGACGUAUGCUUUUCAGCGCUCGGGGACCACCGACUUUGACAAAAUCGGACGGCAUGUCGCGUCGCUCGGGCGGCGCAAGGUGCCGUCGCUCGUUGCGAUCGCACUGGACGACGUGCUCGUCGAGAAGGCCAUUGGCCACGAGCUCGGUGCGAUCUUGCAUCCUGGCGUCCGCCUCGACUACACCCGUGGUGGCCACAACAUUCAAAAGACCCAGUGCGGCGUCCUCGCCGAAGCCCUUCUGACGUGGGCGCAAGCCAGCGUUUAG